CUGUUUCAGUCAGCGUUGCCCACAUUUGCCGUCUCAGCGGCUCUCAGGAGCAUGCGCAGAGGGUCGGCAACGGGUGUGGGCGUGGAAGUGAGAGGCAGAAUUGCAUUAGCUCCUGUGCUGAGCACUUGUGUUGUUUGUGCUAUGGGGAUUCUGCGCAUUGGCUCUAUCACUCGCGUUACCGGCUGGAGGAAGUGCGGGGGACAUUCGGGGUGGCUGCAGUGACAGUUGCCGGGGGUUGUGUCGCAGGAGAGUUGUCAGGAGGAAGGCGCUGAUUGUGCCCUUGCCAUGUACAGGCAGCUGUGGCUGCUGCUGCUUCCUUGGAUUCCUUGGGCAUAUGCCGAAGACAGCGCAAUGGAGGAAAUCGCCACAGAGAAGGAGGCAGAGGAGAGCCACCGGCAGGACAGUGUUAGUCUGCUGACCUUCAUCCUCUUACUCACACUCACUAUCCUCACCAUCUGGCUCUUCAAGCACCGGCGGGCACGAUUCUUGCAUGAGACCGGCCUGGCCAUGAUAUAUGGACUGAUUGUUGGGGUGAUACUAAGAUAUGGCACACCUUCUAGCAGUGGCUACGAUAAACCCAUCAGCUGCUCUCAAGAACAAAGAGCUUUUACCACAAUAUUAGUCAACGUCAGCGGCAAGUUCUUUGAAUAUACGUUGAAAGGUGAAAUUAUCCCUGAGAAGAUAAAUAACGUGGAGCAGAAUGAUAUGUUAAGAAAAGUAACCUUUGAUCCUGAAGUCUUCUUCAAUAUUUUGUUACCACCUAUUAUAUUUCAUGCUGGAUAUAGCUUAAAAAAGAGGCACUUUUUCCGAAACCUUGGAUCCAUUCUCACUUAUGCAUUCUUUGGUACGGCACUCUCCUGCUUCAUUAUCGGGAAUCUUAUGUAUGGGGUAGUAAAGUUAAUGAAGCUUGUGGGACAACUGAAUGGCAAGUUUUACUACACUGACUGUCUGUUUUUUGGAGCCAUAAUCUCUGCUACAGAUCCAGUAACUGUCCUUGCCAUAUUUAAUGAUCUGAGGGCAGAUGUAGAUUUGUAUGCUCUUCUUUUUGGGGAAAGUGUCCUUAAUGAUGCUGUAGCCCUUGUAUUGUCUUCGUCAAUUGUUGCUUACCAGCCCACUGCGGAGAACAUGCACACAUUUGAUGCUUCUGCAUUUUUCAAGUCUGUUGGCGUAUUUGUUGGGAUAUUUAGUGGCUCUUUUGCUAUGGGAGUUUGUACUGGUGUUUCAACAGCUCUUGUGACCAAGUUUACAAAGCUCCAUUGCUUCCCCUUACUGGAGACAGCGCUCUUCUUCCUGCUCUCUUGGAGUACCUUCCUCUUGGCAGAGGCUUGCGGCUUUACAGGUGUAGUGGCUGUUCUUUUCUGUGGCAUCACACAAGCUCAUUACUCGUUUAAUAAUUUAUCUUCUGAGUCAAGGAACAGAACCAAACAGCUGUUUGAAGUCCUGCACUUUCUGGCGGAGAACUUUAUCUUUUCAUACAUGGGCUUGGCACUUUUCACCUUCCAGAAGCACGUGUUUAGCCCCAUUUUUAUUGUAGGGGCUUUUGUUGCUAUUUUUGUUGGCAGAGCUGCACAUAUUUAUCCUCUCUCGUUUUUCCUGAAUUUGGGAAGGAGGCACAAAAUUGGGUGGAACUUUCAGCACAUGUUGAUGUUCUCAGGUCUUCGAGGUGCUAUGGCAUUUGCUCUGUCCAUCCGAGAUACAGCUACAUACUCUCAUCAGAUGAUGUUUUCCACCACCCUUCUCAUUGUCUUCUUCACAGUGUGGUUUAUUGGUGGGGGCACAACCCCUAUGCUGUCCUGGCUGAAUAUCAGAGUUGGUGACCAUGUGCCAUCGCUGGAAGAUGCGACUGUUAGACGUUGGCAGUAUGUCAGAGUCGGCGUUGACCCAGAUCAAGAUCCAGAACCAACAAAUGACAGCUUUCAAGUACUUCAUGCAGAUGGCACUGGCUUAAAUGGUCGCAGUCGUACAAAGCAGGAAAGUGCCUGGGUGUUUAGGCUGUGGUAUACCUUUGAUCACAACUAUCUGAAACCGAUGCUGACCCACAGUGGCCCUCUAUUAUCAACAACUCUCCCCAGCUGGUGCGGGCUGAUAGCCAGGUGUUUCACAAGCCCCCAGGUCUAUGAUAAUGUGGAGCAGUUAAGAGAGGAUGAUGCAGACUUUAUUCUAAAUGAUGGCGACCUUACAUUAACUUACGGAGACACCACCAUAACGGCUAAUGGCUCCUCCGGUUCUCACACAGCAACCACAAGCCUUGAUGGCAGGAGAACAAAAAUGAGCUCCGACGAAGCACUGGAACAUGAACUAGCUGGGGGAGACUAUGAGAUUUCCAACAGAGGCACUCGGCUAGUGUUUCCACUUGAGGAGAAUGCAUGACCUGGGAAACCAGCAAUCAUUAGGGAAAGUCAAUGCAAGCCAGGAAGUGGUGCCAGGGCAUCUCCGGCCCAGUGCAGUGAAGAGCUGGGUGCAGUUCAGACAUUAAAACAUAAUCCUUGUGGUACUGAGAGUGGUACAUUUUUCAGGCUACAAUCAUUUCUCUUUCUUUGAUGAGGCAGUUUUGUGGUUUAGAUGUGAUAGAGUAAUGCACACAGAAUUGCAGAAGCCUUCCUUUUGCCUAACUACUGGGUUAUAAUUCUGGAACUGUCUAGUGAACACCCUGUGUGUGAGGCCAGUCUGACUGCUUUGCUAUGCCCACAUAUGCAGCCUUUUAACUUUGGAGCAAGGAUCAUUCUCUGUUUGAAAGUGCCUGUUAUUUAAUACCAAAAGGCAAUCCUUUGGGAGAAGUGUUAAAUGCAUUUUUCUACCUUACAUAUUACACGUCCACGUUACUUCUA